ACAAUGCUCGCGCCCCAGAACUCUGGCGCUGCAGCCUGAGGAGAGCGAGCCACUCAGGCCCCGAAAAAACGCCAAAAAUUAGAGAAAAAUUUGGAAAAAUUAAUAAAGCAUCAGAUCGUGAGGAGAAAGGCCGGGAAAGGUGUCGUGGGCUCUCCCGCGAACAAUCAAAAUGAGCAGUACUAAUAUCUACUGGACACCACCCAUGUCAGUUGGGACUGGGUGAAAGAGAGAGAGAGAGACAGCUUGCUUUUUUUUCUGGAAGUUCUGAACCUAAAGAAGGAUUUUUCAAAGCGGAGACUGCAUAAUCGAACCUGAGAGAACCUGCCCCCUUAAACUCCACUCCCAGGCACGAUCCAAACAGAGCCUGGAAGGUAGGGCAGCCACGGCCGGGGUUCAAUGGCAACGGCACCAUAGGGCUGCCAUGGCAGCAGCUGCCACCGAUGCCCCACACCACAUAACCACACUGACGCCGGAGGACGAGGAUCGACGAGCUGCCCCCAAACUGUUUGGAGGUCCAGCUCAAGUGAGGACGGAGAGUGAGAGAGAGAAGGAGACAGAGAAGGAGAAAAGCGGCAACGAGUGUUUGGUGUGUGGCACCCUCUUCAGCUCACAGGAUAAGCUUCAAAUCCACACAUUCAGUCACACAGGAGAGAAACCUUUCCACUGUUCCCAACCUCACUGCCACAAGGCCUUCAGCUCCAAAUAUAAGCUCUACAGGCAUAUGGCCACACACUCCCCACAGAAGACCCACCAGUGCUCAUUCUGUGAAAAGAUGUUCCACCGUAAAGAUCAUUUGAAAAAUCACCUGCAGACCCAUGACCCCAACAAAGAAGCUUUUAAGUGUGAAGAGUGUGGCAAGCACUAUAACACAAAGCUAGGCUACAAGCGCCAUGUGGCCAUGCACUCUGCCACAGCGGGAGACCUGACCUGCAAGGUAUGUUUGCAGAGCUACGAGAGCACUCCUGCCCUCUUGGAUCACCUCAAGAGCCAUUCUGGCAAGUCUUCAGGGGGCACCAAGGAGAAGAAACACCCAUGCGAUCAUUGUGACCGUCGCUUCUACACCCGCAAGGAUGUUCGCAGACACAUGGUAGUGCACACUGGUCGCAAAGAUUUCCUGUGCCAGUACUGUGCCCAGCGCUUCGGAAGAAAGGACCACCUCACACGACAUGUGAAGAAGAGCCACUCACAGGAGCUGCUGAAGAUCAAGACAGAGCCACCAGAUAUGCUGGCUCUGCUUGGUUCUGGCUCUCCAACUUGUGCUGUGAAGGAAGAGCUCAGUCCUAUGAUGUGUAGCAUGGGCCCCAACAAGGACUCCAUGAUGACCAAACCUUUCCGCAGUGGCACCCCUUUCUCUAUGGGCAUGUACAACCCACACCACCUCCAGGCCAUGUCCAGCCCAGGAAUGGGCCACCAUCACUCCUUGGUUCCUGGGUCACUGUCCGCUGCUAUGGGUAUGGGUUGUUCCAUGGAGCCUCCUUCAGCCUUACACCACCAUCAUCCGCAUCAUCAUCACCACCACCCACACCAUCCCUCCCCUCCACCUCCACCCCCACCACACCAGCAACAGACUCCACUGCAACCCCAACCCCAGCAGCAGCAUUCCCAACCUCCCAAGUACCAGCUCGGAUCUACCUCAUACCUGCUGGAUAAGCCCCUAAAGGUGGAGAUGGAGAGUUACCUGAUGGAUCUGCAGAGUGGCUUGCCAGUCCCACCCCCACCUUCGGCUGAUCCCCAUUCAGCUGCCUCACCUAAUAAAGAUGGUCUGGAGCCUCCACCUGGCUUAACGGAUGAGCUAUGUGGGGAUCCCCUCCUAUCUAAAAGCCCUGCCGUCAUUGCUGAAUCUCUGUGUGCUGCUAACAUGGACUUCUCCCAUUUACUGGGCUUCUUUCCGCUAAACCUGCCUCCCUAUAGCACUCCCAUGAGUUCGGGAGGCCUGGUGAUGGGCUACUCCACCUCCACUGCCUCUUCUUCUUCCUCAUCAUCGUCAGCAUCUUCACAUGCUGCCGAGUCUCAUGCUGCCACAGCAACAGCCUCAGUGCCUCUUACCUCUUUGCAACCUCAACCUCAGGAGCAACCAGGCUCCAGUGGAGGUCUUGGUCUCGGGCCCCUGCACCCACUCCCACCAGUGUUUAGCUCCAGCCUUAGCACAACCACCUUGCCUCGCUUCCAUCAGGCCUUUCAAUGAGGCUCCCACCCCACCCUGGCCUGCCACAGGCUGAGACAACUGAGGUGGCCCGGGGAAAAGGAGCUUUAGGGCUCCCUCUAGGGGUGGGAGAAUAAAACACUUGAACACAUAGAAGCCUUAAUUGAAGCGCACAAAUGCUUUUAAAUGAGCCUGGAGGAAAAAAACAUUUAUUUUCAAAAACGAAGUAAAACAUAGGAAGUAAGAAUACCAUGGAGCUUUUAUUUAGGCUUUUCCAGCUAUAUCUUAGUUAAACCUUUCCCUCAGCCCUUGUGUCAGAAAAUUCCUAGUUAGGGAGCAGCAUCAGCAGGCCUUUAAGGCAUGGUACCGCAUACUUUAUAAAGUAAUAAUAUGAGUUGGAGAAAGGCAAAGGAUAAUGUAUAAAAAGUCUUAAAUGUUUUUUAAGACUCUUAAAGAAUAGUUUGAAGUUAUUAAGCUUUUUUGUUGUUUGCUUUUACAAAUAUGAGACUUAAUUUAUAUUGUCUCUAUUCUAUUAAAGUCAGGUAUCAUUUAAUCGCCCUUAAACUAAAACUGCCUUGGCAGCCAGGAGAGGAAAAUUAGUGGAGGAAUGAAGUAGUGAUGUUGCAUAAAAAGUUCUCUCCUCUUUCACAGCCAAAAAACAAAUUCAUUGUAAAAUUAUACAACAAAUUUUCCUGUAAAAUGGAUUAGUUACAGUCGUUUAGACCUUAUUUCCCCCAGUAUAUUACAUACUUUAACAUUUACAAAACACACUUUAGUAUAAACAAGUUGCCCCAUAUAAAUGCGUACUGCUCUUCUAAAAGGUAUUUAAUGAAAAUACACAGUAGAUUGUGUGCGAGAGUUAUGUAAGCAAGGUAAGAGAUACAGUAAAAGGAAGAAGGCAAGAAAGGCAGCAAAUAAACUGCACAAUUUUACAAUCCUGCUUUUAUACACUGUGACCAUUCAGAACUAAGGACAGAUAAAAGGAUAAUGUAAAAAUCGUACAGGCUUAUGUAAGUCAAAGGAAGCACUUUGUUUACAGCAGAAGGCACUUGACCUUUUUGGGUUCCCUACUUCCUGAAACAAUUUACCUUUUUCUUCCUAGCCAAGCUUCUUACAAACAACCACAUCAAGUUUAUUUAAAAUAUAAAUUCUCUAGUAUUUAAAUGAUUAAAGCGCUUCAUAAUGGUUUCCUUCUUCCUUCCAGCACUAAUUUCAAUAUCUCCAUUUUUUUUUUUAACCUCCAGUUCCUGCCCACCUUAUUCUAAUAUGUAUGUUAGAAUACGCAAAGAUUUUAGGCAGGCUAAUAGAGUUAAUAGUUAAAUGGUAAUAAUCACCCUGACAUAUGUGAAUAGAAAAGAAAUGACAAGAUAGGGAAAAAAAUCUACAAGAGUAUUUUUGCAGUGUACGAAAUACCACAUCAAAAAGAAAUAUAUAAUUGCUUUUAUUUUAGUAAAAUGUACUUUAGAUAGACGUAUUAAAAAUUGCUGAUGGAAUUUUUACAAAAACAAAAAAGUCAGGUUUACAUAAUUAUGUAACCUUGGUUAAAAAAUGGAUGAAGUAAUGGCUUUUCAUUAUAGUCUUCCCUGUACUAUUUGUUCUAUUCUUUUUUUUUUUUGUAUGUGGGUCAAAGGAUGAUAUUUUGACCCAUGUGUAAUAGCCUAUUAGUAGAAUAAUCAAGUAGAAUGAACUACUCUUUAAUCUUUAGUGUUGCUUAGAGAGGCCCAUAAUGUGACCCAAUUUUGAUCAAAAUUAUUCUCUUUCAGUAUUGGAACAGACCUGACAGAUGUUUUUGGUGUGGCUCGCAUCCUGUGGUCAUUAUACAAUUAUACUUUUUAUCAAUUUAUGAGAGCAAAGCAAAACCCUAACUCAACGCACUGCAAAAUGAUGUGCUAAUAAUUUUGUAAAAAAACAAAACAACAGAACAACAACAUAUAAUCCAGUCAUGUUAAAGACAAUUUCAGAAAGAGUGGCAAAUUGAUUCCCAUAAAAUGAUGCUGAUGAUGGUGCUGUUUUCUCCACUAAGGUAGUGCAGAAAUCCACCUCAAAUUAAUUUAUCCAUUACAAGAAUGGCCAGAAUUUAAUUUUUGCCCAUCCCUAGCCUUGUAGUAAACGUGAAAGUCAAGUUAAGAAUGAAAUUGCUCAAAUGCGAGGCCACCCCCCAAAAUGAAUUAAAAAAAAAAAGUUAUGAUGCUGCUUUAGCGCUAUGGUUGGCAACAGUCAUAGACCACUUCUGCAGAAAUCCUUCUGCAGAGAUCUUUAAACUGAAUACGUGAACUGUUUGUCCAUUUCUGUUCUCCUUUUACAGCUGCUUCUUCCAUUCAAAUGAACAUUUUUAUCAAAGGGUCUGAAGAAAGACAAAAUACCCAGAACAAAUAAGUCACCAGACUGGUCUUUGACAUUCAAAGCAUGGGACAGUUGAUUGGGAUAUUGCCUAGUCGUUUGUUGUCAUAUUAUAUAUUAUUUUCUGUUUGUUGAAACAGGACCUCAAAACAACACAACACAUCACCUCAUUUAAUUUUAUUAUACAUAUAUAUAUUUUUUUUGCAUACCAAAAACCUGGGGAGAAGAAACUUCUUUUUUGCACAAUUGCUAACUAAAGAGCUAAUAUUGAGAUAAUAUUUUUGCAUAUACUGUAAGAACGAUCGCUACAACUGAUAGGUUCUGAAUGAAAAUAAGAAGAAAGCCAAAUAUGCAUUUGAAUUUUUUCUCCCAUUCCUUUAUAUUCACAAUUGGAUUGUGUGAAAUCUUGUUUCAAAUUUAAACAACUUUUUGUUUUGUGUUUGGAUUACAUAAAUUAAAAAGUGUAUUGUUAGCAUUUAUUCCCCUUUCUAUCGUAUUUUUUUUUGAUGAAGGGGGAAAAAAAAUUUAUUUGACAGGCACUUUGAAAUGUAAAGGUGUUUAAAUUAAAAGUCUUACAAGUCAAAUUGAUAUGUGGGAAAAGUAUGACAGGUAGCAAUUCUAACCAGGUCUAAACUGCAUAAGCAGUAUAAGUAAUAAAGCUAAUUAAAGCUAUGCAUGUUUCUUCAAAAAGAAAUAAAAAAAGAAAUAAAGAAAGAAGUUAUUUUGACAUGAGAAAAAUGUUCAACAAGAAGCUAUUGGCAACUUCUGAGUUUGUCCUCCCCGGGUUUUCUGUGAGCUGAUCUGAAUUCUAGCACUUUUAAACCUUUGAAAAGAGUAUUUUUUUUCUUGAAAUUUCAGCCGUAUGUGUUUGUAUUUUUUUUUAUUUUGUAUUUGAUCUUGUACAUGUAUGUGCCAUUAGUUCAAUGUGUAGAAUUUAUUAAUCUAUAUGUAUUUUUUUUCCUCCUCUUCCAAAGGAGUAACAGUAUUUUUUGAUAGACUUUCACUAAUAUUUGCUGCGUUUUGCCCCAGCUCUUCUAGCUUUGUGCAUUUUAGGACUUGAGAAACAGCAAGUGUGCUUGUGCUUAGCUUAUCUUUCAAACCCUUGCUGUAAAAGUCAGUUUAACACAAUUCAAAGCUGCAACCUAUUUCUGCAAAUGCAAAAAAGAAAGAGUUGGAGAACAAAGAAAAACAAAACAUCAGUUCCUCCCAUGAUCUUUUUUUUUUUUUUUUUUUUUAAUUAACUAAAUAUUACAGAGCUGACAGGUUUAACUGAUUUACUGGAUUGAGUGAACUCCCUUCAAAUUAAGUUUUGUCAGAUGUCAGGGGGAUUUUAUUGAACAUGGUGAUGGGUAGGCAUCCAACCAGUGCAGCAUUUGAAUCACAUUUCCAGUUGUGCCCUAGAUUAAGAGGAGGCUUCAAAAGGUGUAAGAUUUUUUUUCAGGCUAAUCUCAGUCGUGCUUCUGUGCCCUUUAAAAAAGAGCCUCUCACCCACCGAGAACUUUUAGCCAACAUCAAAAUGGACUUUGAAACAAAACAACAACAAAAAAAACCUCAAGGAGCUCCCCUUCUAGUCACCUCUGAUGGUUCAGAGUCCAUUGGAAGAGAGGAAAAACAUUGAAAGUGUGUGUUGUGAUUAAGGGAAAGUUUAUUUGAUUUCUAAUUUGAUACCCUCUCUAUAAUCAUGUAUCCCGACUUCCUUUAUGAUUGAUUAAAAAGAAAGAAGUCCUUUAUCUCCACUGCACCUACUAGGGAUGCACUUAUCUUAUUUCUCCCAAUAUGUGUAGGAGUCUAACUAAGAUAUUAAAAAGAAAUUAUUAAAAUAUCAUUGAUCUAAGGAGAAAAAAAAUUACAAUCUGACUUAAGGAAAGAAAUGCCUUGCUUUCUUGAAGAGAAAAUGUGCUGUCUGUCGAAAAAGACAUCAAAUUGUAGUUUCAUUUAUUUUAGCUUAAUGUAAGUCUUGCAUUCCAAGCUCUUUAUGUAUCUUGUUUAGCAACAUAGUCCUCUUAUUUUUAGUACUUGCUUAUUACUGCCACCCCUGGGAAAGAAAAAAGUGAAAGAACAAAAAUGGGACAUUUUCAUUCAUCCUUACACUAUUUUAUAUAGCAUGGGAUUUUAUCAGCUACAGGGAGAAUUGUAUAAAAAGUAUAUGACAACCAGUCCACUUUGUAUCACCUACAAUCAGUUGCUGCAAUGUAAAGAGACAGAUAUGUAUAUUGGUUGAUCCAAAGAGAUGACAUUACAACAAAACCUAUUUACUUAUUGUACAGAGCAUUGUACCUUUUGACUUGUAAUGUAUGAUGUUAAAAUCAUUAAAAAAAAGACAAACCCACGGUUUUAUA